GCAAAAUACUUGUCUAUAUAAACCCUAAAAUCUAGGGCUUCUCUUCUUCUCACCGAGGAAAUCGCAAUAGAAGCAAGUGCUACCGUUUCGUACGCCUCGCGCCUUGGUCUUUUCUUCGCCAAGGUUCGUUCAGAAUGGAUUCCCAAAUUAAGCAUGCUGUGGUGGUAAAAGUUAUGGGAAGGACAGGAUCAAGAGGUCAGGUGACCCAAGUGAGAGUCAAGUUUUUGGAUGAUCAGAACCGUUACAUUAUGAGAAACGUGAAGGGACCGGUUAGGGAGGGAGAUAUUCUUACCUUGCUUGAGUCUGAGAGAGAAGCUAGGAGGCUUCGAUGAGUGGUUUAUCUCUGUUUUGUUAUGCAGCAUUAGCUAGUUAUUCUCUGCUGAGUUUUAUUACGUUUGAAAGGUGUCCAAUUUCCCAUAUCGAAACUUGGAUUUUGGAAGAACGGUUUCACAUGGACGAGUUGUUUUAAAGUUUAGUUGUGUUGUUGUAAUCAACUAUGCUGGUUUUGAGAUUAUGAUUUUUUUUACACCCAUUAAUGUUUGUUGUGUUGUGCAUUUCUUAAGAAAUGCUUUAGAAUUAAACAUGGCUUGGUGUACUGUUGGGAAUAUUUGAUCUUUGCCCCCUUAAUAUUCUUGAUGUUCGAGA